AUGGCGCCGAAUAGCCAGAGCCCUGGCGACAAUGACAGCCCCUCGAAUCAGAUCCCACUACAGGAUCUGUCUAGAAAUGGAAAUGGCCUCCCCGCAAGUGGCCAUGGUCGCUCCAAUAGUGCGGGGGGCGGUGUUUUCUCACGCCGAUCCUUGAUGAGGGGACCAUCGCGGAGGCAAUAUCAGAGCGUUGCGGAGGAGUCGCCGGUCGACUUAGGAACUGCGAGUAGGAAUCCAUUCGAACAAUCGCCCCACAGACAUGAUGAAGACGCGGCCCAUGAUGAUCUAGGUGCUCUCGCACAGGCCAUGUCAUUUGGCAUCACUUUUGACGCGCCACGAUUAUCCUUCUCAGGUCCACCAGCAACACACGGAUUUAAUGAUGGUGCCUCUGAUCUCGAUAAUGUAUCCCUGAACAACUAUAACUCCCACGAGCCUGACGAUUACCCGACCCAUACCCACGUCGACGACGAUACCGCAGGUCUUACCGAUUCACGAUACCUCCAACCGAUCAGCGGCGCCCCUGUCUCCGAAGGACGACCGAGUAGUGAUAUCGCCGCUUACUCGACACAUUCGGCUGAUGGAUCACGUUUGGGUGAUGACCUCCCUCACAUGGAAGAUGGUUUGGGCCGGCACCGUGGCAGCUCUGCCCGGUCUCGUUCUCUAUCCCCAUCGGGGUCCGGCGGGGCGCUGCAGCGUGCUAGUUCGAUGGUGAAAUCCAUGUCACAGCGAGUGGUCAACUUGAGUAAUGAACCAGAAGUCGUGCAACAAUCUAUCGAAAGAGAGGAGUCCCACAAAAAUGCACGAUUGGAAGGACCCCCAGCUCUCCCUGUAAUGCCCAACUUUGCCCAUGAUCCUACCCCCGACCUUCCACCGCGAGAAAAGCGGGCGUCCAGGACGAUGUGGAAGUACCGAAACAAUCCCUUCCGGGGCAGGGCUCUGGGUAUUCUGGGGCCAAACAAUGCAUUUAGAUUGUGGCUGUGCGAUAUUCUUGUCAAUUCGUUUAUGGAACCUUUCGUUCUAGCAAUUAUAGUUGUCCAGACCAUCUUGUUGAUCGUUGAAUCCUCGAAAUCGGUGUUUUCACGAUCAGUAGGUAUGAAAUGGGGCGACACACCUUUGGAUUAUGUUUUCUUUGGUAUUUUCAUUAUCUAUACACUCGAAAUCGGUGCUAAAAUGUUGGUCUCUGGCUUCGUUUUCAACCCUCAAGAGUAUAGUACUCUGAACCGCAAUCUGGGAAUCAGGAAAGCAGUAGCAGAGAAAGGUAAAAACCUUAUAACACCUCAUCGGCAAAUGACCAAAAAGAAAGUCUCAUUCUUACAAGCCGAACCGCAAUCAUCAAUUCUACGCACAUUUACUGGCAUGAAUGCACUGGAGGCUGAGGCGUCCUACGAUGAUCCACUCCACAAACGCCGUAUUCGACUAGCCCAUCGUGCAUUUCUCCGUCACUCUUUCAACCGACUUGAUUUUGUCGCAGUUGUCGCCUAUUGGAUCUCUUUCUUUCUCUCUCUACAAGGCGUGGAGACAACCCACCAGCUUUAUAUCUUUCGCAUGCUUAGUUGUCUUCGUAUUUUGCGACUUCUCGCCCUCACAAAUGGCACUUCUGUAAUUCUUCGAAGUUUAAAGCGCGCAGCGCCUCUUCUAGUGCAUGUUGCCUUUCUUAUUAGCUUCUUCUGGCUCUUGUUUGCCAUUGUGGGCAUACAAAGUUUUAAGUCAAGCCUCCGGAGAACUUGUGUAUGGGUUGAUCCCGAAGGCAUACAAGCUAACUUUACCUCGAAUGACCCAUACGGCACACUUCAAUUUUGUGGUGGAUACCUCAACGCCACGACGGGCGAGAAAAUGGCCUGGCUCGAUGCUCAUGGUGUGAGAAGAGACUCUUCUCAUGCAAAAGGCUAUAUUUGCCCUCAAAAUUCCCUAUGUGUUGAAGGUACAAACCCUUAUAACGGGACUGUGAGCUUUGAUAAUAUCGUCCAGUCCCUGGAGCUAGUUUUCGUCAUAAUGAGUUCCAACACGUUCACCGAUUUGCUUUACUAUACCACCGACAGUGACUAUCUCGCAGCUGCACUUUUCUUUGCGGCAGGUUUGGUCAUUCUGAGUUUGUGGCUGGUGAACUUGCUAGUUGCGGUUAUUACCCACUCUUUCCAAGUUAUUCGCGAAGAGAGCAAACGUAGUGCCUUCGCUGUUCAACAGAUCGACAUCGUUGAAGAGGAUGAUACCACCGCUCGGAAAAUCAGUACCGUCAAGUGGUUUUAUGACAAAACUCAAUUUUUUUGGAUUAUCAUUAUCAUAUACGAUCUUGUCAUUCAAGCCUUACGAAGUUCCACGAUGGGAGAUGAAAGACGACGCUUUAUUGAGAACACUGAAUUGGUGAUUACGCUCAUUUUUCUGUUCGAAAUUAUUGUUCGGUUUGCCUCGGAUUGGCGUGUGUUUCAUCGAAAGCGCCGAAAUUGGUUCGAUCUUCUCCUUGUCGUCAUAACCUGUGUCAUUCAAAUUCCCCCCAUUAAAAACUCGGGUCGUCCAUAUACAGUCAUGACGCUGUUCCAGAUUCUUCGAGUUUACCGUGUUGUUCUGGCAAUUCCGGUGACCAGAAAGCUUAUCAUGGUUGUAUUCCGAAACACAGUUGGUUUACUCAACUUGAUAUUGUUCCUUUUCUUGAUGACUUUCCUCGCCUCUAUAUUUGCAACCCAGCUUUUCCGCAGCCAGAUUCCUCCAGAAGACCCCGAUGGCAAUUCGAUCAGCAUCACAUUCGCGGAUAUUUACAACUCGUUUCUUGGCAUGUAUAUGCUACUGUCAAGUGAGAACUGGACCGAAGUGUUGUACAAUGCAACUGCAUAUACCACUCACUUCAAUACCUCGUGGAUUUCAGCCUUAUUCUUUAUUCUGUGGUUCAUUGUAGCCAACUUCAUCAUACUAAACAUGUUCAUUGCUGUCAUUCAAGAGAGUUUUGAUGUGUCCGAGGAUGAGAAGCGUCUCCAACAGGUUCGGGCCUUUUUGGAACAGAAGCAUAUCGGCCAAGCUACCCAAGGUAAUUUGGCGCUUUCGAAGAUUCUGCGUCUAGGUCGCGAUUCAGACCGCUACAAGGACCCGCUGGAUCAUGGUCCAGCAGCCCUGGAGAUGCUUCUGAAGGAUGCUGUGGUUCGCGAGUUCCUCGACGAAGAAGAGAAGGGAGAGGAGCAAAACCAGGAACGAGGUCGAGAUUCGAAGAGCCAUCACCGAGAACGGGAAGUACCUCCUGAUAGCGCAGCUGUAGAAGUUGCAGAGACUAGUCAACCUGGUAUUAUUUCGCAGACAAUGGCCAAGGCAAAUGCUCUCAUCAUGGGCCGAGAACCCAAUCCGUUCUAUUCCAAACUCAAGUUUUCUCGGGCCUAUGAGGAUUUGGAUCCCAGGACCAUGGCUAAAGAGGUCGUGUCAGCAGCAGAAGCCCGGAAACGAGCCCAGCGCGAAUUCCUUGUCAAACAUCCUACCUACAACAAAUCGCUUUACAUCUUCACACCACACCACCCAAUUCGAAGAUUUUGCCAAAAGAUCGUCGGACCAGGCCGUGGCAACCAGCGAGUUGAAGGUGUUGAUCCUUACAAGCCAGUCUGGUAUGUGUUUUCUGCUUUGAUUUAUGCAGCUAUUGUGGCCAUGGUGCUUCUUGCCUGUAUCACAACGCCGCUUUAUCAGAGACAGUAUUUCCGCACUGACCGUAACUGGUUUGUUUACACCGAUAUGGGAUUUGCAAUCGUCUUCACCGUUGAGGCGGUUAUCAAGGUUAUUGCUGACGGCUUUUUCUGGACGCCUAAUGCAUACUUCCGCAGUUCUUGGGGCUUCAUUGAUGGAAUUGUGUUGGUUACACUUUGGAUCAACGUCGGCAGCUCCCUCACCGAGGAUUUCAGCGUUUCCCGACCCAUCGGUGCCUUCAAAGCACUGAGAGCUCUGCGUUUACUGAACGUCAGUGAUAGCGCCAAGGAUACUUUCCAUUCAGUCAUUAUUACUGGUGGUAUGAAGGUUAUUGCCGCAGCCGCAGUUUCGUUGAGUUUCCUGAUCCCCUUCGCCAUCUACGCCGUCAACCUAUUCAACGGCCAAAUGAUCAGCUGCAACGAUGACAAUUUCUCCGGCAACUUGACAGCUUGUGUCAACGAAUAUCACAGUUCUCCCUAUAAUUGGGAUGUCAUCGCUCCCCGAGUCGCAGCUAAUUCCUACUACGACUUUGAUAACUUUGGCGACUCUCUCUUCAUUCUCUUCCAGAUUGUAUCUCAAGAGGGGUGGGUCGACGUCCAAGACAGCGCGAUGAGCAUCACAGGCCCUGGUAUACAGCCACAGGAUAAUGCUGCACCCGAAAAUGGCAUCUUCUUCGUUGUGUUCAAUUUACUUGGUUCCGUGUUUGUCUUGACGCUGUUUGUGUCUGUAUUCAUGCGUAACUAUACAGAACAGACUGGUGUUGCGUUCUUGACUGCCGAGCAGCGAUCCUGGCUCGAGUUGCGGAAACUUUUGCGACAGAUUUCUCCGUCCAAACGUUCUUUUAAUGAGAAAACUGCACAGUGGCAGCAAUGGUGCUACAGGAUUGCAGUCAAAAAACAUGGUCGGUGGGCACGGUUUGUGACUGGGGUCCUCUGUAUACAUUUAUUUCUCUUGCUUCUGGAGUGGUAUCCUGAGCCUUCCAAUUGGGAGAUGGCACGAUCCAUUCUAUUCUUCGUUUUCAUGUUUGUCUACUUGGCCAACGUUCUCAUUCGGUUCAUCGGUCUUGGAUGGCACCGGUUUAGCCGAAGUUCAUGGGAUCUCUACUCCCUGGUAGCUGUGCCUGGUGCAUGGGUCACUACCAUAUUGAAUAUCGCAGCCUCUAACCAGACUAUUCUCGAGUUGAACAAACUGUUCCUGGUCGCAAUCACAUUGCUACUCAUCCCUAGAAACAAUCAACUUGACCAGUUGUUCAAGACCGCUGCAGCUAGUUUACCAGUAAUUGGUAAUCUUCUCGCGACUUGGUUUGUGCUUUUCCUAGUGUUCGGCAUUGCCAUGAACCAAGCGUUCGGUCUCACGAAGUUCGGUAGCCAAGGAACCCACAACCUGAAUUUCCGAGAUGUUCCCAAGUCGCUUAUCCUCCUCUUUCGAUGCAGUUGUGGAGAGGGAUGGAAUGAAAUUAUGGAGGACUUUGCGACCAUGGAACCCCCUCUCUGUACUGCGGAUUCUGAUUUUCUCGAUGACGACUGCGGCAGUGCUGCUUGGGCUCGAGCUCUGUUCAUUGCAUGGAAUAUUAUCAGCAUGUACAUUUUCGUGUCGCUGUUCGUUUCGCUCAUUUUCGAAAGUUUCUCUUACGUCUACCAACGCAGUAGCGGGUUAUAUGCACUCAGUCGUGAAGAGAUCCGUCGUUUCAAGCAAGCCUGGUCUACGUAUGACCCCGAUGGAGACGGAUUUAUCUCCAAAGAGCAGUUCCCUCGAUUACUUGGAGAACUUUCCGGUAUCUUCACAAUGCGCAUAUACGAUGGAGAAUUCACUGUCGGCGCCAUUCUCGAACAGUGCCGGAAAACGAAUCCUCACAAUUCCGUUAUCUCCUUCCAUUCGAUGCGCUCACGAGAAUCCUUGAAUCCAAUGAUGGGAGGCAGCGGUGAAGAUAUCGUGGACGACGUCGACAUUAAAGAGCUCAACCGCAUCCUCAAUCGAAUACCAAUCAAUACUAUCCAAGAGCGACGCCAGCGGCUGAAUACCUUCUAUGAAGAAGUUCUCGUAUCGGCAGACCCAGACCGUGGGAUUUCCUUCCACCAAUGUCUCAUGAUCCUGGCCCAUUACAAUGUCAUUAGCGACAGCAAGAGUCUGCGCCUCGAGGAAUUCCUUCGUCGCCGCGCGCGCCUCCAACGUGUGGAGGAAGCUGUCCGCCGAAAUACAGUCAUCGGGUUCUUCGAUACAUUGUACUGGUCUCGAGAAUUCCGACGGGCAAUCGAACGCAAGAAGAAUGGCCGCAUGACAGACAUUCCACAGUUCACAGUGCCAGAGAUCUACGUCGAUGACCCCGUAGACGAUUCCGGAGAGGACGCGGAACGAGCCGCAGGCACCACAACACCCCAAACACAACCCGAUCUCGAAGGUCCAUUUGCACCUAUGCUCUCACCUUCCUCAACCUUGCACCGGCGCGCCGAAUCAAGUCCUACAGCGCGUCGGAAUGACUUGCCUCGUCUGGAUACUACUUUGACAGGUCGGGGAUCAGGUAGCAGCACGCCAACAGACUGGGCCAGUAUCAGUCCCUCGCGAACUCCACGCCACAUGUAUGGUGAUCGUGGCUCGACUGAUUCCGGUGCCUUUUCCCACGACGGCCCUUCAGGAGCGGAUCACUCCCGACAAAAUAGCGCCAUGAGCGUUCAAGAUGUCAUGAAUUCCCUGGAUAACUCCGCCUGGGGUGAGAGUAUUCGGCGUAGCUUCACGCAAAGGCGGUCAGGCGAUCGAUCAAAUAGAUCUACAAGAUCAACGGAACGGAACUCGGGUUCCCCCUCAACAUGA